AUGCAGCCUUACUAUGAAAAUGAAAUUCCCAAUAACACCCUUUACCAACAACCACAACUCACCAUUGAUGAUUCUGCCUCCUCCAUUCUUUCCACCCCUCAACUUACCUUAACACCAAACCACAUUCAUCACCCUAUUCUCCAACACUAUCAUCAUCACUCCCAUUCUCCACAGCACCGACAACAAUAUCAACAUUUUUAUCAACAUAAAUAUCAACCAUCACAACAACAACAAGAAACAUAUUCUUUGGGUGACACAGACACUAAUGUAAACGGUUACAUCGAAUGCGAGGAAGGAUCCACUGCGCGAUUAUCGUUUUGGAAAGCAUUCAACAACACAGUGAAAUAUGAUGCAACAGCAAAACAACAAGAGGAAAACCAAAACGAGACAUGUUUGGUUUCCGACAACAACUUCGGCGAGCUUGAAGCUGUGUACAAAAACGAACUUGGUCGGAAUCAAGACGAUUUGAAGAGAUUUGCAAGGAAGAAGAUGAGGAAGAAGAAAGUAGUGAAGGAAGAAUUGGAAAUGAUGAAUUCGUUUUUUAAGAGGUUGGUGAAACGUGUGGUUAAUCAUCAAGAGGUUCUUCAGAAUAAAUUGUUGGAGGUGAUUGAUAGAAUCGAGAGAAAACGAAUAGAGAGGGAAGAAAAUUGGAGGCGUGAAGAGAAUGAGUUGUAUGAAAGAGAAGCUAUUGUGAAAGCACGUGAGAGAGAUCUUGCUAAAAGAAGAGAGUCUUCCAUUGUUUCAAGCAUAGAGAAAAUUACUGGUAGAAAAUUCUUUUUUGUUUCUGAAAGCACUCAUCAAAAUUGA